GUGGCGACGGUGUCAAACAACCACGCCCUCCGAGGCAAGGAGCUUUAAGCAUGGCCGGGCGUCGCGGGUCCCAGACCAGGAAAGGAGUUGUAUAGCUGCUUUUAGACAUGAUCUGUGGAUUUUCCAUAUUUCUGGCAUCGAUAAACACUUCCUGCCUGACUCUUUGACCAUUAACCGGGAGGCCUGGCUGUUUCUGGGAAAGAACAAGUGAGUUUUACCUUGGAGCAAUGCUGAAAUUUGAAGAGACUGCUAAGUGCCUGAGUGGUUCUACGGCCAUUUCCAAGUAUCCAACUACCUUGAUUGCAAGAAGAUAUGUUCUUCAACAGAAACUUGGCAGUGGAAGUUUUGGAACUGUCUAUCUGGUGUCAGACAAGAAAGCCAAACAGGGAGAGGAACUAAAGGUACUCAAGGAAAUCUCUGUUGGAGAAUUAAAUCCGAAUGAAACUCUUCAGGCCAGUGUGGAAGCCCAACUCCUUUCCAAGCUAAAUCAUCCAGCCAUUGUCAAGUUCUAUGCAAGCUUCGUGGAGCAGAACAAUUUUUGCAUUAUCACAGAAUACUGUGAGGGCCGAGAUCUGGACUAUAAAAUUCAGGAAUAUAAAGAAGCUGGGAAAAUCUUUCCUGAAAACCAGAUAGUAGAAUGGUUUAUCCAGUUGUUGCUUGGAGUUGAUUAUAUGCAUGAGAGGAGGAUACUCCAUCGCGACUUGAAAUCAAAGAAUAUAUUUCUGAAAAAUAAUCAACUUAAAAUUGGGGAUUUUGGAGUUUCUCGACUGCUGAUGGGAUCAUGUGAGCUGGCUACAACUUUGACUGGGACUCCCUAUUACAUGAGUCCUGAGGCCCUGAAGCACCAAGGCUAUGACGCCAAGUCUGACAUCUGGUCACUGGCAUGCAUUUUAUAUGAGAUGUGUUGCAUGGAUCAUGCAUUUGCUGGUUCCAGUUUCUUGUCUGUAGUUUUAAAUAUUGUUGAAGGCAACACACCUUCACUCCCCGAGAGAUACCCACGAGAACUAAACACCAUCAUGGAAUGCAUGUUGAACAAGAAUCCUUCAUUGAGACCAUCUGCUGUAGAAGUUUUAAAAGUCCCUUACAUUGACGAGCAGCUUCAGCACCUGAUGUAUAAAUAUUCAGAAAUGACGCUGGAAGACAAGAACUCGGUUUGUCAGAAGGAUGCUGUUCAUACAAUUAAUGCCAUAAAGAUCGUGGAAGAAAAAUAUAAAGAAAAUAACAAAUGGAUGCAGGAAUCGAGAUUCCAGAAUUUUGAACAUCCAAGCGUCAAUGUGCUCCAUGAAUUAGAUGAACGGACUUCAGAGAACCUGCCUGAGCCUCAUUCCCUUUCUUCCCUGGACCUCGAUGAAGUUGAGCCAAGUUUAGAUGACACCAUAGUUGGCCUUGGACAUUAUGGGAUCCCAGAAGACCCACUUGUUGCUGAAGAGUAUUAUGCUGAUGUAUUUGAUUCCUGUUCUGAGGAGAGUGAGGAGCAGGCGGAAGAAAUGGUGUUCUCAGAAGCAGAGCAAGAAAUGCGGGACAGAGAAGUCCCGCCUGCUUACAGAGCAAACCAACAGGACAGUGAUAUUGAAGCCCUGGUUGGGUGUUUGGAAAAUGUCCUGGGUUGUACCUCUCAAGACACAAGGACCAUUACCAGUGUGGCUGUGGACAUGUCCCCCAGACCAUCCGUUUUCAACAGUGCAAUGGCCAGGACCAAGAUGAAACACAUGAAGGAAUCAGCCAUGCAGAAGCUAGGAACAGAAGUGUUUGAGGAGGUCUACGGUUACCUCAAGAGAGCAAGGCAUCAGAAUGCCUGUGAAGCAGAGAUCCGGGAGCACCUGGAGACAGUGGUUCCUCGGGCCAGCGACUGCUUUGAAGUUGACCAGCUCCUCUACUUUGAGGAGCAGCUGCUGACCACAGAAGGAAAAGUGCUCACUCUCGAGAACCUUCCCUGUGAAGCUGACCCCGAAGAAGCACAUACAGUUAUGUGAAAAUCCAUGAGGUUUCCGCCCUGGACUACAUCUUGGGAUACUAGCACACAACUGGAGCUGCCAUUUUUACCUUCGGCUCCUGGUCAGAAGUUAGGAUGUCUAUGGAAAUGUCUGUGUCUAUGCACUCAGCUGGCUUUGGGUGCUUGGAGUCACAGGUCAAGGUCAUAGAUGAAGUCUGGCAUCCUGAAAGGCUUUCCUUCAUGCCUGCAGCCCUCAGGGUUUCCAAUGGGGUAGAAGCACUGUGACGACACAGGUGCUCUGUACUGUGUCCAUCCAGGGCAUGCUCAGUGCCCAACCACCAUGAUCUCCAGGAACUAUGGCCAACAUGCUUGUGAUAGACACAGGACACUGGCCUGAGCAUUGACCUGCUAAUCUCCAGUGAUUAUUUUUCUUUCUUUCUAUGACUAACAUGCAAACAGUAUGUAAAUAAUGGGCUUGGAUUGAAAAAUCCCAAAAGUGAUU